AUGCAGCAUAUAAGAUUUUGGAAUAUUUGGAUAUUUUUAUAAUUAGAAUAGCGGCUAUUAAUAAUUUUAAGGAAAGUCUUUAUGAUAAAUGUCUAUAAUGUAAUGAAAAUUAUUUAUUGGAAUUUAAGUAUUUAUCAUGCAUUUCUUUAUGUAGUGAUGGGCUUUUAAUAGAAAAAGAAGUACGUGAUGACUAGAACAAUAUCUAAUUUGAUGGAUGCUACAAAUGGUAGGAAAGUUGCUUGUUGGAAUGCUUAAAUCGUGAUGUAAACAAAUGUUAUUAGUGUCUUGAUGGUUGGCAGCUUAUAGAUUAUGGCUGCUAUUAAUAUUGUGGAGAUGGUUAAGUUGCUCAAUCUUCUAGGGAACAAUGUGGUGAUGGAAAUUAUGAUUAAGGAGAUGGAUGUUAUUAAUGUAAAUUUGAGUGAGUACCUUAUUACAGAUCCUGUGCUGAUAGGGAUACUCGUCUGGUUUGUGAAAAAUACUUUGAAUUAUCUAACAAUUCUUGUUGACCAAUAUGUGGAGAUGAUAAUAUUGUAGAUGAAUUAGAGGAAUGUGAAGAUGGAAACAAUAUUCCUUAUGAUGGUUGCUUUAAUUGUAUUUUUUAGUGUGAAAAAGAAUGCGAAAUUUGUGGUUAAGGAACCUGUGUAUAGUGCAUAGAUGGGUACAUAAUUGCAAAGGAUUAUUGCGAAGUUAAUAAUUAAACAUUCAUCGAUAAUGAUAAGGAUGAAGUUGAAUAAACUUAAUGUGCUAAUGCAAUGUAUACUAAUAAUGAAGAAUGUGAUGAUGGGAAUAAAAUUGAUGGCGAUGGUUGUUCUGCUUAUGUCAGAUUGAAAUUAAUUGGUUUUUUAAUAACUAACUCAAUUAGAUUAGCAUUUGUACUCCUAAUACUAUUAUAAAAUUGUAAUACCUUAAUCAAACUUAAUAAAAUUAAUACAUUUAAUACAUUUAAUUAUCCUUUACAAAUAAAGUUAAAUUAAAUGAAACUAUUUUAAAUUUUACUGAUUAAAUUAGACCAUCUAUUCCCUCAAUUGAACAAAGCAUAUAUAAUAUUACUAUAAUUCCUGUAGUUGAGAUUGAUUAGACUAUUCUACUUGAUGUUAUCUAUGAAUUUUAAAUUGAAUUUUUGGAAUCCCUUGCAACAACAAAUAUUUUCUUAACUGUAGAAGUUUAUGCUAAUUUAGAAGACCAAAACCAAAUGAAGGUCAAAACAUCACUCUAAAUUAUCAAUUUAUAAUUACCAAAAGUCUUGAACAAAAUUAAUUGUAAACUGCCAGUAAUUUUUAAGCCCUAGGAAAUUGGAUGAUUUAUUGGAUUAGCUAGUAGUGUCUCUUUUUGUUCUUAUUUGGAAACCCUAGUUAAUGUAUGGAAAUUUUAGAUACUUUAUAAAUUUAAUCAUAUCUGAAAUUCAUAUAGCCAAAUGUUAAUUAUUCAAUUUAAUAAUGAUUUAACUGUAAAUGUCGAAUUUCCAUAAAAUCUAUAAAUAUAUUUUGAGUCUUCAGAUUUUGUAACUAUUAAUCCUGUAUUGGUGAAGUUAUAAGUGGAUGAUUUUUUAUAGUAAUUAAUUGGAUAUGAAUAUUUAGAAAGUAUUGGUAAGCUUUUUGAAUAUCAAUUAAACGCAAAUUUGUUAGUCAAUAUUUAUGGAUAGUUUAUUUAAAUAGUUUUCCUAAGUGGAUUGUAUAUUGUUAUAAAAUACUAUUAAAAAAUUAUCUAUUCAUAUUUUUUUGGCUCCAAAUAUAUCUACUAUAUUAGACUUCUUAAUAAUAAAAUAAUUCAAUAUAUCGGUAUUAAAUUUUAUUACCUGAAUAAACUAUUUUUAAAAUAAAUGAGAUAUUUAAUGAGUACUGAUCAAUAAAUAAAUGCUGGAUUUAUAUAAAUUAGUUUUUUGAUAUUAGCUUUAUUUUCUCCCUUGGUGAGGUGCGGGUAUUAAUUUUAUCUUAAAUCUAAAACAUUUUAUUUGAAACAAAAGAAGAAGAGAGCCCCAGAGAUAAUGAAUGUUAGAGAGAUAUUUGUGAUAGCUGAAAGGAAUGAGUGA